AUGUCACAAAAAAGAAUGGCUCCUACAAAUGCCUCUUUUGUGACUGAAUUUAUGCUGGUAGGGCUAACAGACCUACCAGAUCUCCAGCUCCCCCUGUUCUGCCUGUUUCUAGUCAUGUAUGUGGUCACUGUGUUAGGGAAUUUGGGCUUGAUAACUCUAAUUGGGCUGAAUUCACACCUACACACCCCCAUGUACUUUUUCCUCUCCAAUUUGUCCUUCAUAGACCUCUGUUAUGCUUCUGUGUUUACACCCAAAAUGCUGAUUAAUUUCACAUCAAAGAAAAAUAUUAUCUCCUAUAGGGGGUGCAUGACCCAAUUCUACUUUUUUUGUUUUUUUAUCAUUUCCGAAUGCUAUGUGCUGACAUCAAUGGCCUAUGAUCGCUAUGUGGCCAUCUGUAACCCACUUUUGUAUAAUGUUGUCAUGUCCCCUAAAGUGUGUUCCAGCCUUAUGCUUGGUUCAUAUUUGAUGGCAUUUUCGGGUGCUGUGGCUCACACAGGAAGCAUGCUGAGACUGACCUUCUGUGAUGCAAACACCAUCAACCAUUAUUUGUGUGACAUCCUCCCCCUUCUCCAGCUCUCCUGCACAAGCACCUACGUGAAUGAGCUGGUGGUUUUCAUCGUGGUGGGCAUCAACAUCAUUGUGCCCAGUGUCACCAUCUUUGUGUCUUAUGGUUGCAUCCUCUCCAGCAUCCUCCGCAUCAGCUCCACUGAGGGCAGGUCCAAAGCGUUCAGCACCUGCAGUUCCCACAUAAUUGCUGUUUCCUUAUUCUUUGGAUCAGGUGCAUUUACAUAUCUCAAACCAUCGUCUGCUCUGUCUAUGCAUAAGGGGAAAAUCUCUUCUGUCUUUUAUACCAAUGUGGUUCCCAUGAUGAACCCUUUAAUUUACAGCUUGAGAAACAAAGAUGUUAAAACUGCUCUCAGAAAAACCCUCAGUAGGAGAAGGUUUUGA